AUGAUAUGUUAUGCAACUGCAUAAUCGCAUACUCAUGAUAAUGGCUUUUUUAACUUAACUGACUUGACAUUCGAUGAUCAUAUGAGAGAUCACGACUAUGUCUUUGUUCAAUUUACUUCAGAGCAUUGCUACAAAUGCAAAAAGCUAGAUUCUAAUUUUAGACGAGCUGCUCAAGAACUGUCAUAACUAGACCCACCUAUGUACUUUGCUUAUAUUGAUGGACCGUCUAGUCCUAAAGCUAGAGACAGAUUUAAGGUAAAGAUGUAUCCCUCAUUCGUUUACUUUCACAGAGGACAUCCUUAGUAUUAUUGGGGAACUACAGAUUAAUUUGAGGAUAUUCAUAAUUGGGUUUAUAAAAAAGUACAUCCUCAUGUAAAAGAAAUAAGCAACAUGACACAACUAUGGGAUCUUUAAGAUCAUUAAGAUGUAGUUGUAGUAUAUAUUGGCGAUACUAACACCUCUGAAUAUAAGCAGAUUUACACAUUAGUAGCCAGAAGAUAUGAUAAGGCAUUUUUCACUCGUACUGAUUUAGGCAGUGAAAUAGCAGAUGCUUAUGAAAUUACCAAAGAACCAGAGGUUAUAUUGCUGAGAAAGGCAGCAGUAGAGCAUGUGAUAUUUGAGAAGAACUGGACUCAUGCCAAUUUCGAGCGAUGGAUAGUUUAGAAGUCAGUGCCAGAUGUAUUUAUCUAUGAGUAAAACUAUGCUUACCAUAUUUUCACUCACAGGCAUAUUGCUAUGUUUCUUUUCAGAGAUGAAAGAGUUCCAGACCAUCUCAAUUUAGAGUAAAAGUUUAGGGAGAUCGCUUUAGACUUGAAAAUGGAAAAAGAUCAUGAGGAGGUAUUCUUUGUUAUCUCAGAUAUAAACAACGCUGAGUAGAAGAAACUUGGGGAUCAUAUAGGCAUUGACUAUGAACAUCUACCUUUGAUUGUUUUGAUUCACCCUCAUGACAAAUAAAUUGAGAAGUAUGUACUCUAGGAGAAAGAUCUGCACACUCAUCUUACGUUUUAGAAUCUACUAGAAUUCCUUGGACAUCAUAAGAGAGGCAACUUGAAGCGACAUUUAAAAGUUCAGGAGGGAGAGGAGAAAAUAGUCAAGAAUGGCUCUGUUUACGACAUCUAGGGAGAUAACAAACUUCAUGAAUUCAUUGAAACAAGAGACAAGGAUGUGGUGAUACUAUACUAUGCUCACUUCUGUUCUCAUUCCUAAAACAUUUUACCAGAAUAUGAAGCAGCGGCUUAAAAACUGAGCAAGACCACGCCAAGAAUAAUAUUUGGCAGAAUAGAUGUAGUGCUGAAUGACUUAGAUGAUCAUGUGCAUGAAUACCCUACAAUAGUACUUUAUAGAAUGGGAGAAAAGGCAUAUCCACUUAAAUACCAAGGCAUAAGAAGGACCAAUGGAAUACUGUAAUUUUUAAAUGAUAAUUCUAAGGCAGUUAGAAUUUAUGCUAGUAAAAGAGGUUAUCAACAUUAGGAACUUGAUUUAUGA